AACCGGGUGAGAAGUAACUGCAGAGUAAAGAGAAGUAAGAAGAAAACGAAUGGACAGAAAUAUGGAUGAUAAACCCAUUCCAGUCCUUUUCAGUUUUCACCAUUGAAUUUCUCUGGAGAGAGAAACCCCAACACUUCCAAAUUCAACAGUCUUUUCGGGAGAACGCGGAUUCGGCCAAAAUAAUGAAUUAAAUAUCCAUUCAUUUAAAUUAAUUAAAAUAUUAGGUUGUGAAUUCAUUAGUUUGUCUAUAUUUCUUUCUCUCUUGUUGUUGAGGAUUCAAACUUCGACUAGAGCUUACCAAUAAUAACGACGAAGAAGAAGAAGAAAAAGAGGAGUAAGACUGUAUAAUAGUCUUCGGUUUUUGUGUUUUUAGAGUUUCCAUUUCUUUUUGUUCCCCUUGGGUAUUUUAGGUUUUUUUUCCUUUUCUAUUUUGUUUUUUAAGAUCUGUUUGUAAUUGUAAAGAGAGAAAUUUGAGUAACUGGGUAGUUUAGGAAUUGAAUUUGUUGUUCUGGGUAAGGAUUUCUUUUUGUAAACUUAUUAUUGUUAGGAUGGCUUCGGCGGCGAUAUUCUCCUCGUUAAGGAGGCGAAGAUCGCCUUCUUUGGAGGCAUUUUUGGCUCCGGUUGACCUUACGGAUGUGGCUCUUGUACAAACCCUUGCUUCGCUGACGGCCGAGAUCGUUUCAUCGUUUUCCAACAUGGUUUUCUACUUUCAGAGAAAGAAUUCUCGCUCCCUUGUCCGAAAAAUGGAGGUUUUUCUGGUCUUGUUGGAGUACAUGAGGGAUUCGCGUUUGAGUCUCUCGUGGACAACGGAGCUUUGUUUAAAGGAGCUUUAUUUGCUUCUAUAUCGCUCAAGAAUACUCCUUGACUAUUGUUCUCAAACCAGUAAGUUAUGGCUUUUGCUUCAAAACCAUUCGAUUUCGGGUCAUUUCCAUGAUUUGAACCAAGAGAUUUCGACCCUUUUAGAUGUUUUUCCGAUGGAAGAUGUUGAACUUGGGGACGAUGUUAGGGAGCAAGUUGAGCUCUUGCGGAGGCAGUCCAGAAGGGCUAAGCUGUUUAUUGAUAAGGACGAUGAAACUCUCAGAAUUGGCUUCUAUGGAUUUCUUGAUCAGUUUGAGAAUGGUCAAAUUCCUGAUCCGGAUGAAUUGCGUUCCUUUCUUGUGGAGAGAUUACGGAUUCAAGACCCAAAGAGUUGUAGAAAUGAAAUUGAGUUUUUAGAAGAGCAGAUUGUGAAUCAUGAGGAAGAUAUUGAACCUACAGUUGGGGUUCUUAAUGGGUUUGUGGCUCUUACAAGGUAUUCCAGGUUUUUGCUCUUUGGGUUCGAGGAGGACGAAGUGGAGUUGGGAACAGGGACUCUGAAGAAGCUGAGAAAAGGGAUUCUUUCACAGGAAAUUGCAGACACUUUUAUAACAAUUCCGAAGGACUUUUGCUGCCCAAUUUCAUUGGAUUUGAUGCGAGACCCGGUGAUAAUCUCAACAGGACAGACUUAUGAUCGGAGUUCCAUAUCCAGGUGGGUGGAAGAAGGUCACUGUACUUGCCCAAAGACGGGGCAAAUGCUUAUUAAAACCUGUAUCUUUCCCAAUCGUGCUUUGAGAAAUUUGAUUAUGCAGUGGUGUAUUGCUCAUGGGAUUCCAUAUGACCCACCAGAGUGCACAGAAAGCUUUGUGGCGGCUUCCCCAACUAAGGCUGCUCUUGAAGCUAACAGAGCAACAGCAGCUCUUCUUAUUCAGCAGCUAGCGAACGGAUCACAAGUUGCAAAGACUGUAGCUGCUCGCGAGAUUCGUUUAUUAGCUAAAACAGGAAGGGAAAACCGUGCUUUCAUUGCGGAAGCUGGUGCAAUUCCACAUCUUCGAACAAUACUUUUGUCUGUUAACCCUGUUGCCCAGGAGAAUUCCGUCACUGCAAUGCUCAACCUGUCCAUAUAUGACAAGAACAAAAGCCGAAUUAUGGAUGAAGAAGGGUGUUUAGAAUCAAUUGUUGAAGUUCUCAGAUUUGGGCAAACAACAGAGGCUAGGGAAAAUGCUGCUGCAACCUUGUUUAGCCUUUCGGCAGUUCAUGAUUACAAGAAGAGAAUUGCAGACGCGGAAGGGGCAAUCGAAGCCUUAGCAGGGUUGCUUAGAGAGGGUACUCCAAGAGGAAAGAAGGAUGCUGUGACUGCCUUGUUUAAUCUUUCAACGCACACGGAUAACUGUGUGAGAAUGAUAGAGGCCAAGGCCGUGACAGCACUUGUAAGUGCAUUGGGAAAUGAAGGAGUAGCUGAGGAAGCAGCAGGUGCCUUGGCCUUGAUUGUUAGGCAGGCAAUUGGGGCCGAAGCAGUGGGGAAUGAGGAAAUGGCUGUGGCUGGCUUGAUCAGUAUGAUGCGUUGUGGAACAGCAAAGGGAAAAGAGAAUGCAGUUGCAGCAUUGCUCGAGUUAUGCAGGAGUGGCGGGGCUACCACAAAGGAAAAGGUUGUUAAGGCGCCAUCAUUGGCUGGUUUGCUCCAAAAUUUGCUGUUUACUGGUACAAAGCGAGCAAGAAGAAAGGCAGCUUCUCUUGCCAGAGAAUUCCAGAGAUGCGAGAAUACAGUCGUGCAUUAUGGUGGUCUUGCCGUGGGAUAUGCCUUGGCAGGCAAUUCGGCCACAAGUAGAGAUUCAGCGAUAUCUGGUGAUGUUUCAGUACAAAUGGCCAUUCCAGUGCCUGUUUUGUAGUGGUAACAUCCUUCAACCUCCAACCUCCAACCUCCAACCUCAUGUUGUAUUUUCUCGCUUCUAUAUGUCCCAUUUUUGUUGGAAAUAUGUUUAAAAAAAAUUCUUUCAUUGAAAUUUAAGGUGAUAAAAAAGAAAAAAUAGGAAUACCAUAUAUUGUCUGGUUUUCAAAGAAUGUUCUGUAUUAUUGAGCAAUUAGCUUUGAGUUAAUAUACGUAUACCACCAACCAUCUCAUGAUUUGGGAAACGCAGAGCCAUCAUUGUACACAAAUAUGUCAAGAGACCAUGACAUAAGCAUGAGAAAAAGUAUUAUACACAUACAUAUAUUUAUAUGAACAUAUAUACUUUAAAGGAACAAUAAGUAUUGAUUCUUGGUA